AUGAAAAAGCUGGACAAGCUGAUUGUUCACGAAGACUUCAACAAGCUGACUCUAGACAACGACAUCGCCUUGCUCCUGCUCGACUCCCCUAUCCGGCUCAAUGAACAUAAGGUCCCUGUCUGCUUGCCCCUGAUACAUGAUCUCCGCACGUGGAAGAACUGCUGGGUGGCUGGAUGGGGAACCACGGUUGCAGGGGACAAGACAAAAACCACCACCAUGCUCCAGAAAGUGGAGAUGCAGCUGAUCAGCCAGAAGCAGUGCGCCCAGUGGAUCUCGCAGCUGACCGACAACAUGCUGUGCGCCGGCUAUGAGGAAGGAGGGAAAGAUGCCUGCCAGGGUGACAGUGGAGGACCACUGGUUUGUACCUACGGGAACAUCAGGAGGUGGUUUGCAGUCGGCAUAGUCAGCUGGGGGCAGAACUGUGCAGAAAGACACAGUCCGGGAAUGUACACCAUCAUCAUCAACUACCUCUUCUGGAUACAGAAAAAGACAGCCUUGGAAGGGAAGCCUUUCAUCCCCGAAGCAAAGGGGAACACCACAAAUCUUGUCUUCCAGCGCCGGCCCUGGAUGACUGCCUAA